UAAGGAGUGCAACCAACUGUAUUUUAGAUAGGACUGUUAGAAAAGCUUUGGAGUGUUCACCUACGCACCGCCUAGACCACAAAGAUAUGAUAAUGUUUUCAGUUCUUCAAGAUUUGACACCUGAAAUCAAGAAAAUGACUGGGCACUACUAUCUUAUUGUGUUGAACUUGACGUCCGGGAGGUUUGAAGUGAUGGACUCACUAAGGCGUGAGGGUGACAAAGCGCUGAUGGCUGAUGCUCGAACAAUCAUUGGAAGUAUAAAGCAUUUGUGGGCAACAAACUACAGCGAAUCAAAAAUCAACAUCUCGAAAUACAAAAUAGUGCACAUAACUACACCAAGGCAAUUGACUACGUAUGACUGCGGGUUCUUCAUGCUCAAGUACAUUGAGUGUUGGAAUGGGAGAAGGAUGGCAGCAAUUAACCCAUCAGACAUGCCGGCUCUUAGAAAGAUAUUCCUGAAGAAAUGGAUGGAUUAUGUCGAGAACAGGAUUGACUGGGAGGAACUUCUCUUCCCAGUAAGGAAUUGUUGAUCUUCUUCUUGAUGAUAGGGAGCCAGGUAAUAAUGUCUGAAGACUAGAAUGAGUAUUUGUUGUCUGUUUUUUGUAUGACAGCUGUUGAUAAGUGUAUUUUUCUGUCUUCUUUUCUACAC